AUGUCCGAGUCGUCUAACCCUCCGGUCAUUCCUACAGCCCCUGCUGGCACAAUAUGGGUCGCAGCAGUUGGCCCACCUCUAAACUUUCUCAUGAUUGCGUCUACUAUGGGCGCAGCGCUAGUGACGAUGUUUAUGGCCCUGUUCUUCUUUUCAACGCCUGCUCUACGAAGGAAACCUAUAUUUAUCCUAAACAUCCUAUCGCUUCUUAUUGGGCUGACGUACGCAGGCCUCAAUAUUUACGAACAGUCCACAGUACCCUUGGAUCCAAAGGCCUCCAUCGCCAUAGGGACUAUCGACGGUUUGACGCCAACGCCCAUCGACGCCAUUCUUCUUCUGCGACUAUACGCUGUUUAUCCUUACAAUCGCACUCCCCGGCUCAAGUUCUUGAUCAUCCUGGGCGUCCCAGUCAUAGUCAAGAUCGGUCGCAUUAUCAAUGCAGCUUUCUUUCUCAGCAAUUACGCCCGUACGAUUCACGAAACAACAACUAUUAGUGGGGCUGGUUCCAUCCUGGUCACCCUAACGUUUCCGUCUAUCAAGAUCGAAUGGUCACUGCAGAUAUUUGAUGAUGUAUGGUCCUCAGUAAUAUUCUUAGGGCACAUAUAUAAACGGGGUGCUUACAGAAGAGACCGCACGGUGUCACAAACCGUCCGAGCCCUUUUCUGGAUAUCCGCUACGAAUUUCGUCUUCCCGGUAAUGCUCAGCGUUGUGCAGUUGGUGGUCUACUUCGCAAGGCCCGACAACUAUCUCAUAGCCUUAUAUGUCGCUCAAGUCAACUUCUACUUCACCAUCAUGGGCGUCGUGUUCGCUACUCUCUGGGUCGCGGAAGGGCGGUGGAAGAAGGAUCAUCUGAGUCAGACUCCGUCCGAAUCAUACCACACAGCAACGCAGCUAGCGUCCGAUCCUUUCCAGUCGAUCCAGAGACCAUCACCGUACGGGAAGACAGCAUUGUCGUUCGCGCCGACAGGGCCCGCGAUGGGCAUCAAUAUAUCUCGCUCGACAGAGAUAUACCCGCAGUCGAGCAAUGGUUCUGACAUUGCGUCCACGAAGGUACAAACAGGCUCGUCGGCAUAUGAAUUGGUUGAGAGAACCAUCGAGGCGUGA